AAACAAGACCACACAGUUGGCUCUCGCCGGGCCCCGGACGGAGAAACGUGGCGCUGGAUGAACGAAGGCGCGAGAAAAUGGCGAGUGCCAAGUUAGUUAAAGCCAAAUCCCGAGUUUUGAGCUAUGGCGUGCCCACAGAAUGAAGGGGCUAGAGUUUCUUUCUAGACAGGUCACAGACAGGGAUCUCCGGCGGUAAGAGAUCUUCCAGGUGCGAGAGAUGUUGUCGCCCAGGAGCAGGAGGGAGGCGAUCGAGCAGGGCAAAGCGGAGCUAAACAGGCUGUACGAGCAGCUCCCGGAGAGCGCCCACGAUCUGUCCUUGCGAGAUCUGGUGGAGCACCCGACGAUCCCCCUGUCCGGGGGCCUCCCCGUGGAGCAGCGCCAAGAGGGUCUCCCCCCGGACGUGGCGGCGUUUGGCUCCGCCACCGCAUUCUUCUUCUCGGUCACCUCCUCGCCGCCGCGCUCCACCAGCGGCGCCGCCACCACCAGGGGGGUGAUCAGCGCUAGGAUCGACGCUGCUCCUCCUCCUCCUCUGCCCGUGUCGGUGAAGCACAUCUCGCCAAGGAAGGUUUCCCCCAGGCCCUCGCCGCCGCUGUCGCCCAGGAGAGGGAUUAAGUCGCUGCCAGGCUCGCCCGUGUGGAGAAUCCACAAGGAGCCGCAAGUGAAGCCAAUCCUCCCGGCUCUCAGCUUCGAUCAUGGCGUCCAUAGCAAGUGUAGCUCUUGCUCCGCCCAUGUCAUCUUCUUCAAGACCAAGUGCCAGGUGUGCAGUCGAUUGUAUUGCAACAGGUGUGUGAAGCGGGCGACAUGCACGUCAAAGUGCGGCCAAGGAUGCUUCAGUAGCAGCCAUAGCCAAGAAGGCUCGGCGCCCACCAAGAGGAGAGGGAUACUCCCGGGCUCGUCUUGUUGGCCUUUCCCAAUCACGAAGGCCUCGUCGCGACCUCGCAGCAAAACGGGAAAUGGGGACUCUAUACACCCCGCCAGCGCAGAUUUCUAAGCGAAAAGGCGGCGACCCCAUUUUCUCUCUUUUUUUUUUUUGUGUGUGUGUCUGUUUGGCUCGCGUCGAAGGUCUAGUUCUCGCAUCUCGUGUAAAUUCUUGGUAGUAAAGUUGUAGAGCUAAAAUGUGGGAGAUGAUUCGCUGA